CCCGUCUCUCACUUGCGUGACACAGGAUAUCAUGGAUGUGUUACUUUUUGACCAGAGGCUUGGCUUGAUUUUUUGAGUUGAUGAUCUGUCACUUCUGUCUUGGUGCUGGCCUAAUUACCGAAGACCAUUUAGUAUCUCCUCGGUCUAAUGAUCUAGUUCUUUGAACAAGAAGUACUACAUCUUCACCAACUACUAGCAGUUCAAAUUGGGUACAUUUAAGUAGUCAAAAAUGUCGUCCAGUAAAAGGUGGGACUUCAAGCUCGAGUCUUCUGUGCCUGGCAAUGCUUUAGCGGAUCCUGGUCUCGGAUGGAAGGCUGAUGAGAGUUCCUCGAGUUCGAGUGCUGCAGUAGUUGGAGGAGCUAAGAAACCACUACAAGCUGGCGUGGACAAGUCUUUUCUUGACAGGAAGGCAUGGGAGGCAGUCAUGCAGCCAAUUCAAGGGGUACAGAUUUUUCAUAAUUAUGAGUGUGCGCUCAGGUACAGUAAGCAAUUCUGGGGUCUGUCACAGACUGUGUGUAUGGGGGAUUAAUUCUUAGUCAACACUAUUCUUUCGUCAAGAAAAGAAAUCGGCGUUCAUCAUCAAACGGCACAUUACAGGUCUUCAUGAAUAUGUUCAUGUUGUGGAUGAUGGGCAGUAAUCCCGGUAUUUUCGGCAUUUUGAUGCUCUCUUACUCCAUUUCCGGGGCCAUUGCGCAACUGAAGAACGUCAAUAAUGUUUUUCUGCCGUUUUCGAAUCAAGGAGUGGACUGCAGUUUCCAGAAGAUAGCCUAUGUCGCGGUUUGCGUCUUCGUACUAGGAUAUCUGACAUAUAGCGCCAGUGGAAUGGGCCUAUUGCCGACACAGACAGGUGACUGGAUAUCGAAGAUACUGUACGUGCCGAUUAAAGAACGACUCUACUUGUAAACAGUGGAUGAACUAGCUGCAGACGAGUAUGCUGUAUCAAUCAAAGAGGAAUACAUGAAGACUUCUCAGCCACCAUUUAGCCCUACGUUCUUGAUGCUGUGGUGGGCAUGAUGGAAAUUUCCAACCCUUCCCAUACGCCCCCAGUUACCCCUACGACGCCCUCAUAACCAUUUUUCUUCUUGUGAAUACAUAUCACCGACAUUGAUCGUGCGCGCAC